AUGGCUGACGCCCGCCCCAAACCAGAAAGAUCACCUAGUCGCUGCCAUAUUAUAACAUACGACAAAAUCUCUGAUGAGAGACGUAUUGCUUCAGGUAGUUUUGGGGUGGUUUAUGAAGCACAGCACGAAGACUGGGGGCAAGUGGCUAUUAAAAAACCCAUUCGAAUAACAUCAAUCACAGAUAAGGAGCGUUGCGAACUAGAAGCUGAAGCAGCUAAAAUGGUCGAUGUCCGUUCUCUAAAUAUUGUAACACUAUUUGGUGUUGUGAUUGACCCAUCUCACUACUGCCUUGUGCUAGAGUACAUGUGUCAUGGUUCCAUGAAGACGUUCCAAAGUAAAUUUGAUAACCCAUGGCCAAUGAAAAUAUGCAUGAUAUACAAUAUAGUAUUAGGAAUGAACUACCUCCAUGAGACUGCUAACAUUGUACACAGAGAUUUGAAGGUGGACAACGUUCUUGUAGGAGAAGGAUUUAAAGCAAAGAUUUCAGACUUUGGUUUAGCAACAUGGAAGAAAUAUACCCAGAAGUAUUCCAUUAUGAACUGUAUCGAAAGCACAUGUUCAUACAUGGGAACAACAUCGCAUAUACCCCCUGAAAACUUGAGGGAUGUGAAUAAAGCAGCAGAUUACAAAUUCGACGUUUACAGCUUUGCUGUGACUUUAUGGGAAAUUGUGACAAAUGAAACUCCUUACAAAAAUGCACAAAAUCAUGAGCAUUUAAUGGGAGCAGUAAUGCACGGUCAACGACCGGAUAUUAAAUUAAUUCCGCCAGAAUGUCUGGACGUCAUACGAAAUGUGAUGGAAGCGUGCUGGGACGACGAUCCUCAGAAAAGACCAUCUUUUGGAGACUUAAAGAAAAAAAUUGAAAUCUGUAAAAAAGAAAAUGAAGAUGCAAUACUUGAUGCACUUGGGUAUCUGAACAAACAACUAAGGGACAGUCCGAAAAUUUCUCAUACAAGUUUACCUUCCGCAAAAUUUGUCAAUGAUAACAAUUGCAAUGGUGUUGACCGUAUUGAUCAACGAUCUAAUAAUGGGGCGAUGUUUACCAUGGUGGAACAGGAUAAUUUGAAAAACACGAGUACUAGCGAUUAUAGUAAAAAGAAAACCAAUGGUGCAAUGACCAAUGGAACAGUCACCAAUGUAAGGAGAGAUACCAAUGAUACACAUUGUCAUUAUAAAGAUAAAUCUACACAACAUGAGAUAAACAACAUCAGCAAUAGUUUUCCAGUGUUAUUUAAGGAAGUUGCUGCAACUAUUGAAUCACACACUCUGGGUUUAUCGGAAGAAGAGUUGAAGAGAGUCCUCGAAAACGCUCAUCGGGAUGACAUGAUCAAUGAAUGGGAAAUUAAUCAAGACAGCCAUAUAUUUACUAUCAGGGGAGAUCUAAGGCAGAUGAACGAUAUUCACUUUAAAUUACAGGAGAUUGUACAGUCUGAGAACCCUUCUACUACAUGCUCAUUGUCGAAUGCAAGUGAGUUAGACACUAUGCACACUAAGAAUCUAUCAUCCACUCCAGUUAGAGACAAACGUGUCGAACAAUCCAUCCAAAAAUCUCCUAUUAAAGGUCAUAGAGGAGACAAUCUUCCAAAACUCUUGAUGGUUAGUCAAACAUCUGCACAAAUUGGCACUCAAAACUCAUCAUUAGAUGUCACUACAAUCAAAGAAAUCAAUGUUGACCAAAAACUUCUAAUGUACAUCUUAAACGUUUACGCUGAUGAAUUGAAAACGUAUGAACGUGAAUAUGGUGUCAAAUUUGGAAAUAGUAGGUCUUCCCUUUUAAUUAGUUCUACACAGAAUGCAGAUCGAGAAAAAGGUUUUAAUAAGGCAUAUGAACAAAUAGAAAUUUUUGUUAGUUACCUUAAACAAAAUGUUGUUGCCAGAAACUUAGACUUGAGAGGGAAGGACGUCAAUUCAGAUGAUAUCGAGCAAGCUAAGCAAAGAACAAAGGAAGUGCAUGAACAUAUAUUGCUGACCGUGAACGAGAGGGGUGAUGUAUUGCAAAUAUAUGGUGAAACACGCAAUGUUGAUGCUGCCGUAAAUACAUUCAGCCACGCCAUUGAUACUUCAAGUCUAAGAAAGAGAGACAUUAAGAGGAAUGUUCCAAAAACAACAGGCUUAGAUUUCAUUUCCUUGUCUGACUAUAUAGGGAGAAAUAAGCAAAGUCAAGUUGUAUCUGACGGGAUAACUGUUAAACAGUCACACAUAGAAACAGACAGCUCUGCAGAUUGUAUGAGCAGACAUGCCGAUGGUAGAGCAUGUCUAAUAUGUAUGAAUAUGAUAACAAACCUAAGAAUCCUCCAGUGCAACCAUGUGUUGUGCAUGAAAUGUGUGCGUGAAAAGUCCACGGACAAUCAGACAUACUGUCCAUCGUGUAAGCAAGACUUUGGUAUUAUAACAGGCAAUAUGCCUGAAGGGGAAAUGGAGUAUAAUGAUAUAAUCAAUGCGUUGGGGGUAAAGCUCAUCAGAAUAAAGUACACAUUUUUAUCAGGAAUACAAGGAGAAUUGCAUCCAAAUCCAGGCACACGCUAUGCUGGUAAUAGCUUUGUAUCAUAUUUGUAUGAUAAUGAUGAAGGACGCACAGUGUUACGAUUACUGAAAUCAUCGUUUGAUCGUCAUCUCACUUUCUCAGUUGGUAAAUCAAACACAGUGGUAACAAAUGAAAUUGAACAUUGGAUUGAUAGUAGUAAACGAGAGUUACCUUGGAAGUCGAGACUGAGCGACUAUAACAAAUACCUUUGUCACGUGAAAGAAGAUUUAGCGGCACUUGGUGUGGUGUGACUUGAUAUUUUAUCAAAGUAAAGUGGUCACCUGAAGUAGUUAUGCAAGAUAUAAAAAAUAAAUGAAUUUACACGAAAAAGAUCACAAGUAUAAAAAGUACACUAUAGUACAUGGCCAAAUCAUUGCGAUGUCAGAAAGCCAUAAAAACCACAAGAUAUUAUUGCCAUUUUUCCAUAAUUUUUUGUAUUUUAUACGAUACUUUGUUGAGGUUUUUCAGAACGUUAUAAAAAAUAAUAUAUGCUAUUUACGGAA